CUCAAAGGAAAGAAAACAAAAGAAAAGAAAAGCCACAACUAAAGUUGCUGCUAGGUUGUUAAUGUUAAGGUCCAGCCACCUUCCUUUCUUUCACUCUUUCAACUUCAAACUUGUGUUUAUAAGUAAAGAAUCUCUCUUAAUUGUUCAAGAAGAAGAAGAAGAAUGAGUACUGCUAGAUUCAUCAAGUGUGUUACAGUAGGGGAUGGUGCUGUUGGAAAAACCUGCAUGCUUAUAUCCUACACCAGCAAUACCUUUCCCACCGAUUAUGUUCCAACAGUGUUUGACAAUUUCAGUGCUAAUGUGGUGGUGGAUGGCAGCACUGUGAAUCUUGGUCUGUGGGAUACUGCUGGACAAGAAGAUUACAACAGGCUAAGGCCUUUGAGUUACAGAGGAGCUGAUGUGUUUCUUUUGUGUUUUUCUCUCAUCAGCAAAGCCAGUUAUGAGAAUGUUUCUAAAAAGUGGAUGCCUGAAUUGAGACAUUAUGCUCCAAAUGUGCCUGUUGUGCUGGUGGGAACAAAACUAGAUUUGCGAGAUGACAAAUAAUUUCUGAUUGAUCAUCCUGGAUCCACACGAAUUACAACUUCUCAGGGUGAAGAGUUGAAGAAAAUGAUUGGUGCAGUAACUUAUAUUGAGUGCAGUUCUAAAACACAACAGAAUGUAAAAACAGUUUUUGAUGCUGCUAUAAAGGUUGCAUUGAAGCCACCAAAAGCAAAGAAGAGAGCACGCAGGAAAAAGACAUGCAAUUUCCUCUAAAUAUUUUCAUUCCAUUUUACUUUUUGUAACUGGCUUAAGUCGCAUACAACAUUUAGUAGAGGAUUCUCAAUUCAAUCACUGUCACUAAUGUGAAAUAUCU